ACUUGCGAGCCAUAGACAAGAGGAGGAGAUAGCCGGUUCCUGGUUUAACCAAAACAUUGUUCCUACUUAGAGGCUACCAGAGAGGCAGUACAGAUGACUCAGCUCUGGAAAUGAUGGACAGGCAUAUUUGAUCCCUGAAUCCCUGUCAGCUGCUACCAUGAGAUACACCACAGAAAUCAAGAAGUCCCCACCACACCUCCUGAAGAAGUUUGCAGUUUGUGACAUCCCUCUGUAUAACAUCUGUGACUACAACGUCACCAGAGACCACUGUAGGCAGCUCGGGUGCUGUUUCUACAAGGGCGUCUGCUACCAGAAAGCUGUUCCCAUUUACGUACAGGUGUUCUCCAUCCUGAUUGUGUUCAUGGCAGGGGCCUUCAUCAUCACCAUCAUUUACAGGGUUGUACAGGAGAUUAAGAGAGAGAGGGAGCUCUGCGUGGAGCCCCCGCCACCAGUCAAGACCCCUGAGGAGCCUGUUAAAAUACCCACCCCUACACCCUCACCUUCAAUCCCCUCUAGAGUCCCCUCCGUGAAGGAGCCUGAGGUAGAAGUAAAAAAAGCCCCAGCGACCACCUCACAACCAGAGAAGAAAGAAGACACCGGUGGCAGUGCUCCGCCUCCGGCAGCGCCUUGA